UCAUAAAAAAGAAAGCGAUUGGCUCAUAAAAACCGCCGUCGGGAAUGACCUGAUUCCGCGUAUUAAAGAAGGUCGAGCCCCAACACGGAAAUAAAACGGGGCGGAUUCGGGUUGUCGGUUAAGAAAGAAGAAAAAGAGGAAGCCAAAGAGAAGAGAGGUGCUUGUGGUUUUAUUUAUUUAUUUAUCUAUUUUUAAAUUUCUUUUUAGAGAGAGAGAGAAGAGAGAGAGAGGGAGAUGGAAGAAGAGAAGGUAAAAAUUGCGGAGCCACCGAACGAUAGGCCGGUUCGUGUCUACGCAGACGGCAUCUACGAUCUCUUCCACUUUGGCCACGCCCGUUCUCUUGAGCAAGCUAAAAAAUCGUUUCCUAAUACAUACUUAUUGGUUGGAUGCUGCAAUGACGAAAUUACACACAAGUACAAGGGCAAAACUGUUAUGAACGAUCAGGAGCGUUAUGAGUCUCUUCGCCAUUGCAAAUGGGUGGAUGAAGUGAUACCUGAUGCUCCAUGGGUGCUCACACAAGAGUUCCUUGACAAACAUCGGAUUGACUAUGUGGCCCACGACUCCCUUCCUUAUGCUGAUGCAAGUGGGGCUGGAAACGAUGUCUAUGAAUUUGUCAAGUCUAUUGGAAAAUUUAAGGAAACAAAACGGACAGAAGGAAUUUCGACCUCAGAUAUUAUAAUGAGGAUUGUCAAAGACUAUAAUGAGUAUGUAAUGCGCAAUUUGGCUCGUGGAUAUUCAAGAAAGGAACUGGGUGUUAGCUAUGUCAAGGAAAAGCGGCUGAGAGCACACAUGGGACUUAAAAAGUUGCAAGAGAAAGUGAAGAAGCAGCAAGAGAAAGUGGGGGAGAAGAUUCAAACAGUAGCUACAACGGCUCGCGUGCAUCGAAAUGAAUGGGUGGAGAAUGCUGAUCGACUUGUUGCUGGAUUUCUUGAAAUGUUCGAAGAACGUUGCCAUAAAAUGGGGACAGCAAUCAGAGAUCGAAUUCAGGAGCAACUAAAGAAGCAGCAGUUGCUAGGUUUAACAUAUGACGACGACGACGAAGACGAAUACUACUAUGAUGAUGGAAGUGAAGAAGAGGAGGAAGAAGAAGAAGAAGAAGAAGAGUAUAGUGACUUAGACAAAUGAUAAGGCUUGUCUGUUAUCUGAUUUAUGGUGUUCAUGUAAAAGUAAGCAGAAUAGUGGUUUGGGCUUGUGUGAGGAUAGGAGAUGAAUAUGGCUAUGGGAAUUCAACCUGAAUGUUAACUUGCAGGAUCUCUGUGAAAUAUACUGAAUUGUCUUUUUGAUUUCGUAUUUUAAAAAAAAUGAAAAACGUUUCUGGGUGA